ACAUGAAUUCGUAACGAAAUAGUUGUUUUAAAUCAUUGUGAUGGGGUUUAUACAUGUUAACAGCUGCCCAGCAGAUUCCGAAACUAGGCAGCAAUUAGCUAAGCAAUGUCAGAAUAGUGACCAAUACCACUGUCUGUUCAACGAUUUUUCUCAGACAGUCAGCGGUUGUAAUGACUGGAUAUGGGUUGAACCAGGAUAUUGUCCAGUGUACAUAUCGGAGGCGCUCCAGAUGGACACAGAAAAAUGUCAACAUCAGUGUCCAGAGAUCGAUAGAUCUUACAAAUCCUUCAACGUGUAUAAAUAUUCGAGAUGCUAUACAAACCAACAACUACAUUCCAGUUCGACAGCUGCUGUGAGCAAUUUAACUGAAGCUCCAGAUCCCCUACCACCAGGUGGUUCCUCGUUCAAUGUGGCUGCUGUGGUUGUACCCGUGUUGUUAGUUGUCAUCAUUGCCGUCGUGGUGUUUGCUGUUCUCAUUCACAGACGUUAUAAAGAUGAUCGUACGACCGACAACAGCAAAAGAAAAAAGAACCAUUCGAGGAUAACCAGAAGAAUGCUCUCUUGUAAUGUAGAAAACAUACCACUUCAUCAAUGGGCUGACGGGAAUAGCCGACAAACAGAAUGGGAUCUAGAAGAAGAAACACACGAGGAGAAAUGGGAAUAUUUGAGUCGUGAAGAAUUUUUGCAGCAUGAGAACAUCAAUGUUGAAAAUCUCGCUGAGGAUACUACUCUUGUCCUAGGAUUGGCAAAUAAUCUGCAAAAACAUCGCACGCUAGCUCUGACUGGUGAAUGGGGAAGUGGGAAAAGAACGCUGGCCGUACAGAUAGCCCUUCAAGUUGAAAAAAUAGAAAAGAAAACUUUCAAAUUCAAGGUUUUGCAGGAGUUUGAUGAUGAUAAACGCAGUAAACUCGAGGCCAUAAAAACAACGGAUCCAACCAUUUUAUUAAUGCCUGAUCUCUGUAGAUCCUGGCAUACAGAACAUCAUACGACAAAUAUAAUGAAUUGUGUGCGUUCUAUUAUAUCAUCCAAUACUUACAUUAUAGCUACAAUUCGAAAUGCUGUAUACAAAUCGUGUACAAAACACACCCGUUCUUCUAUUGAUGACGUAUUUACUCAAAGUGUUUUUAUCAGGCCAACUCACGAAACGUUAAGCAAAAUUGUUCACAAAUUUAAUUUUACAAAUGAUGCACGAACUGAAAUAUUAAAACUGAACACUGCAAUUGGAACACCUCUUAUAAUCACUUUGUGCAUGAAAAAUCCUGCUUACAGAACAAGGAACUUUUUACGUGAUCCGUUAUCAUUCAUCAUAUCUGAUUUGAAGAAAAUGAGAAGGUCUGGUGAUGGCAAUGUCCGUAUGAAGUUUGAGAUACUGGUAUAUAUAAUGCUUCAGGGCGGAACUGUAGCAAAAUACACAUUGGAAAAUUGUUCCGACCCUAGUCUGCUUGCUAUCACAGGAGAGAUUCCAAACAUGUUAACCUACAUCCAAGAAUGUGUUAAAGAGUUGUGCGGUUAUCUUGAAGAAACUGCUGACGGGAAAUUCUACAGAACGUUGCAUGAAGUCAUCACGAGAUGCAUAUUUCUCGCUGCUGCUGAACGAGAACUUUUGUCACUCUUUGGCAAAUGUGAUGCUUUUCUUUUGUUUGACUGCAUUCGACAUUUAUCUAGACGGGAAAAGAUUGUGCGCAGGUCUCCAAUUAUCUUAGAUACUAAGGAAUUAAAGGUCGGGAUUCCUCCUGUUUUAUAUCAGGGUUUAGCAAACGUCUUCAAACAACGGGGUGAUGAUUUGAUUAAGAAAAGUUAAUUGGUUUAAAUAAAAAUACAUUCAGAAAGUGUGGAUAUCGAUCAGUGAAGAAAGGGCUUACAUAUACGUCAUAGAUGUUCUGCACUAUAGUGCAUACAUGUACAUGAUCUGUAUAUCUCAUUAUUUUAUUAUGACCACCACGAACAUGCACUUUCUCGCAAUAUCAAGCUGUUGUUAAACAUUGUGAUUCCCUAUGUGCUUAUAUUGCAAUUAACGAUAUAGAAGCUUUGUUUAUCUAUGAAAUGAACUACAAAUAAUAAAUAAUGAACCA